AUGACGUUUUGUUUGGUGCUACUUUGUUCCGCGCCGAUGUCUGGCGUAAUUCUUGAGACCCUUAAUGUCCGGAAGCUUGUCGCUUUUGGAUUUGCAUUAUUCACCGCUCAAAUUAUUUUCUUUUUAAUUGGUGGCUUAAUUGCUCCUUCACCUCACACAAAUGAUCAGAUCCUUAUGACUAAAUGUGUUGACAGGGAAUCAAUUUCGGACCGUUGGUUUUUUAUGCGUCCCCGGUCCAGCAAUUACAGCUGCAAGGAGUUUCUACCCGAGGGGGAUUUGGAUAAAGUUGUUCCAUCUGAUGUUAAAGCCGCUCAAAUCGUGUUUAUGGCGCAAUUUCCUCACCCAAGAGAAGGUGUUCAAUUACGAAUGACCCGAUGGUUUCAACAGCUUAUUGCUGUUCUCAUGCUUGAUGUUAAAUACAAGAGUCAAUUUGAGAUGAGACCGGAGGCUCAGAUCACCUUUGAUGUACGCUUAGGAUAUAGAAACCAUGGGGACUCUGAUCAUGACUGGAAGGAGAUAGCUUAUUCUCGAGAAACUCGUCCUCUAAAAUGUACUCUUGAUCCGGCGGCUACAAGACACCAAGGACACGAUCAUCCUAUUGGUGAUGGUUUCUAUUAUGAUUGUGAAGUGUUGCCACUGUUUACUCUAGGAAGCUGUCACUAUGAUCAUUAUCUGGUCAAUUUGCGAAUACCUGUCGAUACAAAAAAAGGCACGAAUACGGACAUUGGUAUGCUUCAAGAUGUCUGGAUGGUUGAAAUACAUCAAAAUGGAGGGUUUACCAAGGUAUGGUUUUCCUUAAAAACCGUUGUCUUCCCUGCCACUCUUGCCGCACUUAUCUUCUUUUGGAAUCGUGUUCGUGAACUCUCCAGGCAGCCUAAUCUUCUUGAACGUACAAUUUUUGCUUUAGGCCUUGUGCUCAGUUGUCUGAAUUGUCCUAUAGAAUGGCUAUCGCUGAUGUAG